GGUGUUUAACAAACCUGAGUCCUGAGCGCGGGGGCAAACCAAUAACCAAACAAGUUUAGGAGAACGACUUCGCUGCCCGCGUGGACUAUCAUGGAGACUAGAUUUCAGUAUGACCUUUCCGAUAGGCAGCUUCGUUUCCAUGUGCGCCAGCGGGCCAACACGGAACAGAAGCUCGAGUUCAAGGCGACGGCGCUGCUGGACCCCUCGAGCGGGACUGUAGGCCCCUACCGCGCGGCGGUGAAGCAGUACGUCACGGUGGGCAGCGGGACAGAGCUCAAAGGCUCGGCCACCAAGCCUUUCCGGCUGGGCGCGGGUCUGGCACUGGCGUCCAGCUCCGCCACCCCAGGGGCCAAGACCGCUGCCACUCGGGGCUCGACCGCCGCGGCUGCCUCCGGAUCCUUUGCCGCCUCGGCUGUGCCCCUGGUGACCCUUUCAGCUGAGAAGAAGGUGGCACUGCUGGACGGACCCAACACGGUGCUCACAUUGCGGGCUGCGACGGACGCGGACCUGCCGGCCAGGAGGCUGUCCUCCCGCCGCGGGCUGGUCAAGGUGUCGCACACCAUCCCCUCCUUCACCAAGCGCCAGGACCUGAAGCUGAGCGCCGGCCUCACAGUGGACUGGGCGCCUGGGUCCCGCCGCGAGCCGCGUCCGUCGCUGUUCCUGCAAGCUCGCGAGAACAACUGGGCGGUCACGUACAAGGAGGGCCGCGCCACCGUCACCUACGACUUGUAGGCCCGUUGAUACCCAAGAUCGCUUGCACCAUGAGGGACACAGUCCCAGGCACGAAGGGAUGGCAUUGGGGGCCCAGAUAUGGGCUUGAGGGCCACUUAUGAGACGUGGCGAUGUGGGACAGACCCUUGUAGUUGACGCACACAAAGUACCUCAUGGGAAUGGGCUGAGCUUGGCGGGCAGGCGGGGCGCGCGCCGGUGGCGGCACGAGAGGAUCAGACUCGUGAUGGCGGUCGUAGCCUGAUAGAGCAGCGCAAUGGCAGAUGAUCUCGGCGGCUGCCCUGCGUUGAGGCAGACCGUCAACCCAUUGAGAUAUGGUAUGUUUAGACUUCAGAGCACUUCGCGUCUUCGCCUGCGCAGAUGUAAACAGAUGUCGAGUCUGCUCAGUCCGUCAGUCGUGGAACUUACCGGACACCAGCGUGCGUGUUCUACUACCGGUGUUCGUGGCCCUUCUUGGCUGACCCCUGCCCCAGCCCCCUGUCGUGUGAUGUCGUGUCUGUGGUUUGCCGCUGCUGCAUACCCCCCCCCCUUGGGGGUGGCUCUGCUGUGUGUGUUGUGCUGAGCGGUAGGUUGUUGCCGGUGCCUGUCAGGUGACUCAGUGCGUGUGACUCAGCGUGUCAAACCCGGUCCUGCAUGGGAGCCGCUACAGGCCCAGCGGGGGUAUGCCGGGCCAGCGAGUCCCUGACUCGCUGGUUGUGUUGCCAACAGCGCAAGCUAGCAGACUGUGUAUCAGACUGUGUCAACCAACCCAUCGCGA